GAAGCGCAAGAAUUACAAACUCAUAUUCGCGUAACACUUACCGUGGCACCUUGCUCUUCGACGGCUACAAAACAACACACGGCGAAGACAACAACGCAACGUGAAAAAGUUUUGAAAAACUGAAACGCGUCGGAGUUGCUGGCAGUGAAAACUUUGAGGCGAGUGUGCAACAAUUAAAAAUGUAAAACAGAGGGUCCGUGGAAAACAGGAAAAAUCGAGAGUCAAUUUGCAGAUCUGUCACGAAAAAUGUCUCCCCAAAUGGAAGAUGCUACUGAACCUUCGAAACCCCAGGAACAGGCCGCAGUCCCCGACGACAAAAACCAGAACAAACCAAACGAAAGCGAACAGAAAUUGAAGAACAUGAGUAAACACGACGAGGCUAACGCCAACGGGAAAGAAAACGACGGGGAACUGAAGAAAACCUGGAGUAACAUGAACCUCCGCGAAAAAUACUCUUUCAUGUGUAAUCACAUAACCGUGGAGCCCAUGUUGGCCUGUUACAUAGUACCUAGCGUUUUGGCCAGUUUGGCAACGCAAAAUUUGAACUUGGAGAAGGCGUGCAGGGUCAACUUGGCCUACUCGGACGAAGUUUGCGACGCGCUCUCGGACAGGAAUACCACGAAUUAUACAAGAGAAGAAGCGGCUGUUCAACAGCUGGUUGCAUCAAUGAGUAUCUGGAAAACGGCUCUUCAAUCCGGACUUCCGGCAUUCCUGAUCAUGUUCAUAGGAGCGUGGAGCGACCGAUGGGGCUUGAGAAAACCGUGCAUGUUAUUGCCCAUAAUUGGGGAAUUUUGUACUGUCGUCGGCCUCAUGAUCUGCACCUACUUCUUCUACGAACUUCCCAUGGAGGUGGCCGGAGUGGUCGAAGGACUCUUUCCGGCACUAACGGGAGGCUGGUUCACCAUGUUCAUGGGCAUAUUCAGCUACAUAGCAGACGUAACAACUAUAGAAACGAGGACAUUGCGGAUAGGGUGCGUGAACGUGUUUUGUUCAUUGGGAAUCCCGAUAGGGAUGGCCCUUAGCGGGGUGUUGUACAAGAAAAUCGGUUUCUACGGGGUGUUCUCCAUUUCGGCGGUACUCUACGUCAUCGCCUUCCUCUACGGGCUGUUCAGAAUACAAGAGCCCAAGAAGAUCGACCAGCCGAAGCCGAAGAAGGGAAGGUGUACCCUUAUCAGGGACUUUUUCGAUUGGAAGCACAUUUUGGAAACGUUCAAGGUCGCGUUCAAAAAGGGGGAGAACAAUCGCAAGAUGAAGGUCAUGAUGCUCAUGCUGGUUGUGAUGGUAGUCAUUGGACCCAUGCACGGGGAAAUGGUUGUAAGCUACCUAUUCACCAGAUACAGAUUCAAUUGGGACGAAGUCGACUUCAGUAUAUUUUCUACUUAUAACAUGUUGGUUGGUUUGGUCGGGACAAGCAUUUCUGUAGGACUUUUUAGCCACUUACUAAAAAUCGACGAUGCUAUUAUAGGCUUAAUGUCUUGCAUGAGCAAAAUACUUAGCAGUUUUGUCUACACCUUUGCAGAGACGGCUUGGGUAUUUUACCUUGGUCCCAUUGUUGAAAUUUUAAACGGGACCUCAUUUAUAGCCAUGAGAUCAAUCGCUUCCAAAUUGGUACCAACGGAUGAACUAGGUAAAGUGAACUCACUAUUUGGCGUUUGCGAGGCGCUAAUGCCACUAGUUUAUGGUCCCAUGUACAGUGCAACGUACAAGGCAUCCAUGCAAACGCUUCCGGGGGCAUUUUUCCUCCUAGGAGGUAUCCUGACCAUUCCUGCUUGCCUUAUCUUCGGCUGGAUGUACGCCCAACACAAGAAAGAUGCCAAAAGGGCCGCGGAGGCAAAGAGUAACGUUUUCAACAACGUUACACUGACCAUUGAAAAGUCGAAACCGUUACCUGAGCCUGCAAGUAACAUCGACACCGCUCCCACAUUUCCCGAGGGAUACGAGAAUGCCGCAUUCGUCAUGGAAACGCACAGGCUUUAGGACAAGGCAAACAAUAAAAUGUGAUAGUAGAUUAUUAUUAUUAUUAUUAACUAAUGUUAUUUUAUUUUCUAUUAAAGUUAUUUAAUUAGUGCAAUAAGUAGGUGAAUACCUAAUAAUAUUUUUCAAAACUAUCGAACUUGCAAACACCUUUUUGUGCCAGAAAAUACCAAAUUGAGUGCCUACUUAAAAAAAAAAGAAAGAUAACCAUUUUUUGUACAUAAUUCGUUAUUAAUCUUAGAGGAAUUCGAAAAGCCCCUGGUACUAUUAAUUACCCUUAAAUUAAACAACUAAAAGAAAGUGAAACCGAAAACAAAAAAAAACUUGUAAGUAUUAGCUUUAGUUUAUAAGCUUUACCGUAUGUGAUACUUAAUGUAGUUUUUGUAGUAAAAAGAGUAAUAUAUAUGUGUGUUUACUAAAUCUUUAUCAUUAACUAAUUCUAUUAAGAAUAUACCGUACAUAAGAUAUUUUAAAAUUGUAUGUAAGUCACAAACAUUAAAACACUUGUACUUCUUUGUGAGCCAAGUUGUCUUCAAAAUAAACGAUUUCAAAAAGAAA